CAAACAUUGCCCGCCAUGUGGAAUACCGUAAAAAAUGGAGCAGUUUAAAGGCCUGCGUCGGCAGAGUGACGGAGGCACAAAUUCAUCCACAGGCCCCGAUGACUCUAUUAUAGCCACACCCCAGUUAAGUCGACGUAAAAGAUUCUGGAAUAGCUUCAAGAAAAGCACACAGAAACUCAGACGAAGUAAAAGCCGAGAGAAACUAAAGAAGGAUAAAGAAAAUGGCAGACUUGCUCGGAGUUCCCCAAAUAUAGCAAUUGUGGAUUCAUCGCCACGGCAACCACGACCAAAAUUUCCUCAUGCUCAGAGAAACAUUGAUUUCGAGGAUGAGGGUGUUCCAGAGACACCCAAACGAGAAAAUAAUGAUGCAGGUUACCAUGAUCGAUGCUUUAGUGAUCCAGGUAUGCCACCAUCAAAGGAUAGUUCAUCAAGUCCGCGCUCAUCUAGAACACGGCAACUUACCCGCAUGGCCUCACAGGAGCAGUCACUAGGGAGCAGCUUUGACUCUGGUGAUGCUAGUCAUGUGACCACAGAACUGACCAAUGGAAGGGAGAGUGAAGUGGACAGUGGCAUAACAGUGGUGGAGAGCACGGAGGCCACUGCUUUACGUCAGCGCCAGAACAUUUUCCGCCAGCACCCAUUCUUCCAGCUUGAGAUUAACCUAAAAGAAGGCAGAGAUCUUGUCAUUAGAGACUCCUGUGGGACAAGUGACCCAUAUGUGAAGUUCAAGAUGAAUGGCAAGCAAUGCUACAAAAGUCGCAUUGUAUACAAAAACCUAAAUCCCAAAUGGGAUGAGAAGUUUACCAUUCCAGUAGAAGAUGCCUUCACUCCUGUACAGGUGAAGGUUUAUGAUUAUGACAGGGGGAUGACUGAUGAUGCUAUGGGGUCUGCAGAAAUGGACCUUACACAGCUUGAACCUGGCGUCUCCAGUGAAAUGAAGCUUCUGCUGAGUGACAAAUCUGGCAAGACCAGUGAGUACAUGGGCUACCUUCUCUUGGAGUGCACUAUCAAGCCAAAGUCCCAGGAUGAGAAAGAACAGUAUUUUAAGAAGAGCAUGAGACUGAGUGACCAAGCUAAAAAGAUGAAGCAGCAGAUAUGGAGUUCCGUUGUAACGAUCGUCCUUGUUGAGGGUCGGAAUCUUCUCCCAAUGGAUGACAAUGGACUCAGUGAUCCUUACAUCAAGUUUCGCCUCGGGAAUGAAAAAUACAAAAGCAAGUUCAAGACUAAGACACUCACCCCAAGAUGGCUAGAGCAGUUUGAUUUGCAUAUGUUUGAUGACCAGACCAGUAUGCUGGAGGUAUCUUGUUGGGACCAUGAUGUAGCAGGCAAAGAUGACUUCAUGGGAAGGGCAAUUGUAGACUUGAGUAGUCUAGAUAGAGAGGUGACUCAUACAUUGGACACAGUCCUGGAGGAUGGCGCGGGAAUUGUCAAGAUAUUACUCACAAUUAGUGGAACUGCGGGGGGAGAAACUAUCUCAGAUCUGGUCAAUUAUAAACCUAACCCCAGAGAGAGGGAAGAAGUUGUCUGUAAAUAUGGUUUGCUCAAAUCGUUUAAAGGACUAAAAGAUAUUGGAUAUCUCCAAGUCAAAGUAUUUCAAGCUCAGAACCUACUGGCGGCAGACCUAGGGGGUAAAAGUGAUCCAUUUUGUGUAUUAGAACUAGUUAACUCAAGAUUACAGACACAGACUGAGUAUAAGACACUCAAUCCUGAAUGGGGAAAAGUCUUCACUUUUAAUGUGAAAGACAUCCACUCUGUGUUGGAGGUUACAGUGUAUGACGAAGACAGAGACAAGAAAGCAGAGUUUCUUGGCAAGGUGGCCAUCCCAAUCCUAAGAGUGAAGAAUGGUGAAAAGAAAUGGUACACACUGAAAGACAAGAAGCUCAUGACCAGAGCCAAGGGUGCAAUACAGUUACAGUUGGACUUCAUAUACAAUCAUGUUAAAGCUGCAGUUAGGACAGUCAACCCUCGUGAGGAGAAAUAUAUGCAACCAGAGCCAAAGUUCAAAAUAUCUAUAAUGAAGCGCAAUAUUGAUCGUGUGUCCAAGAUUGUUGAGGCGGGGGUGGAGUCGGGAAAGUUUCUGGGUAGCUGUUUCAGCUGGGAAUCUAAACCUAGAAGUGCCACAGCAUUUGCAGUAUUUCUAGUCAUAUGUCUCACAGUGGAGCUGUAUAUGAUUCCAAUAGUGUUGCUGAUACUCUUCACUAAGGGCUAUAUAGUCACAUGUAUUAAACAAGAUACCCCACAGUAUAAGGAAUAUUAUGAUGAAGAACUGGAUGAGGAAGAUGAAGAAAAGGACAAUAAGAAAAAGGAGGAAAAGAAGAGCUUUAAGGAAAAGUUACAGGCAGUCCAAGAUGUCUGCCUUCAGGUCCAGGAACAUAUGGACAUGAUUGCUUCAAUGGGAGAGAGGGUGAAAAACACAUUCAACUGGACAGUGCCUUGGUUGUCUACUCUAGCUGUAAUAGCCCUAGGUGUGGGGGUGAUAAUUCUCUACUACAUUCCUCUAAGAUAUCUCAUCAUGGCCUGGGGUAUAAACAAAUUCACUAAAAAGUUACGAGCCCCCAAUGCAAUACCCAACAAUGAGCUAGUGGACUUCCUUUCAAGAGUGCCUUCUGAUAAAGAAUUGAUCAUGUUUCGGGAGUUAAGACCAGACUCAACAAUUGUGACAGGGAAGAAGAAACGUCAAUGACGUCACUUGCCAACGAACAAUGAAUCUCAAAGAAUCUAGUCGUGAAUCUCAGUACUAUUGCCAUAAUACAUAACUUUAGACUAUGGCUCUUAGUUAUCUCCGAAGCCAGGGUCCAAACGUCCAGCUUUUACAUAUGGAUACAAGACUGAACAGUUUAAUAGAGUUGAUACACAAAUCCAAUAUGAAGAAAAUGCACAACAUAAGUGAGUGUUUGACAUGCAACUUUAUAGGAACUGUUUCAUGCAGUGGAACCUAAAGCACCAGUACAAGAAGUGGAAUAUAUAUGUGCAACAUAUUUGCUUAAGCUCUAGGAACAAAACAUUAUUAUAAGAGUGAUUUGUGAAGAAAGAUGUGGAAUAUAAAACACUUAUCAAUUAGUAUUGGAUGUGUAUGGUGCAGCGUAACCAUUGCAAGUCAAGUGCUAGAUACAUAUUCAAGAUUUGAAACUGAACCUGCUAACCCGACAAUUCAGUCUUUGAAAACCUGUCAACAAAAUGCUCCCAGAUAUAUCAUUGUUUGCCUGUAUAUAUGUCCAUAUAUGGAAUGAUUAUUGAACAAGAUACCCAUAUAUGGUACAAUUAUUGAACAGGGUUCUUACAAGUUGGGGAACAAACAUUCCUUUCUGUACAUAACAUGGACAUGGUAGAGUGAUAUAUCGAAUUAAAUUGGAUAGAAAUGUAAAGAUCUCAUAUUGAGAUAUCAUUUUCUUAAGUGUCGCCUUAUAAUAUUGAUUAAACUGCUUGUAUCAUUGAAUGAUUAAGUUUGAACAGCAGUUGUUUGUGAUAGUCUCAACAGCUGGUAUCAACAGCUGAUCAUGGGAAGUGGCAACAACAGCUGCUUAUUUAUGUACUAAUGAAUCUUAGUUUCUACAGCUGAUGUGAAUGUUUUACACAGUUUUUACAAUCCAUGGUAAAAAGUAAACAUUUCCAAUAGAUGAUGGUAAAGAAUUAGUCCCUACAGCUGAUGCUUAAGAAUAUUCAACAGCUAGUGUAAUGUACAUAAACCACAGGCAUUUCAGCUCUUAUAAGGGAUUUUGUAUUUAAACACCUGAGGUGUUAGGUAUCUCAUUGCUAUGUAUUCCUUGAUAAAAUACAACAGCAUCAAUCCUACUUUAUUUUAGUGAUUUAUCUGCACAUAAACAUGAUUAUAAUUCUUAGAUUUUAACAGUAUUUUAUUCUAAAGUAUUAGAUAGAUGUCAUAAGUAGUCAGUAGUAAGGUAAAAAUAAUGUAUUUGUAGAGAGAAUUUUCUUCCAGAAGCAUAUAUAUACUUGCAUAUAUACUGGUAUACUUGCAUUACAUUAGAA